UCAUGUAAGAGAAAGCCCCUAGCAGGCAAGGGGAGCGGCCAGCUGCCAAAGGCCUUCCCCCUCUUUCUCCCUUAAGCCUUGGGGCAGGCGAGGUGGAUUGCAAUGACUGCUACAACUGUGGCCAGCGGUGGCGGCAGCAGCAGUGUACAGAGACUUUCCAACACCAAAGAGGAAAGGAAGUUAAGAAAACCUUUGAUUGAACGAAAACGAAGGGAAAGGAUUAACAAUUGUUUGGACCAGCUCAAAGAGACAGUUGUUGGAGCCUUUCGGCUGGAUCAAUCUAAACUUGAAAAAGCUGAUAUCCUUGAAAUGACAGUCAAGCAUCUCCAGAAUAUCCAAAACAGCAAAAUUAUAGCAGAUUCCAAAUUGGGCUUGGAAGCUCAGCAACGAUACAGCACUGGAUACAUUCAAUGUAUGCAUGAGGUCCACAAUCUCCUCCUGACCUGUGAAUGGAUGGACAAGACCCUUGGAGCACGGUUGUUGAACCACCUGCUGAAAUCUUUGCCCAGAUCUAGUGAGGAAACUUGCAAGGCAGACUUGAGAUCUGCCACCCCUGGGAGUAGCAAGGGGAAUACAACAGGGUCCAGUCAGGCUCAAAUUCAGUUCUGCCUUGUUGAAGAGAAACAGGGGAUGAAAAAGCCAUUUCAGCUACAACUGCCCUCACGUUGUAGUCAGCGCAAGUUGUCAUCUCCAAGUCAUUUUGCAUAUAAUGGUGCUAGCAUUGGGUCGCUUGACAUGUGGAGACCAUGGUAAAAAUGUCUUGGAGAAACCUUGCCUCUAAUCUUAGACCCUCUUAUAUGUAUCUUAUAGAUAUGCCUCUUUAAAACACUUUUUGGAGCAAAUUUGCUCCUGUAGGUGUACUAAAGACCAGGGUACUUCAAGCCGGAGUAAACUUCUGUGUAGCCUGCAUUGUAGAAGGCUGCUAUUAUUUUGUAUUUAUUGAAUGCAUCUAAAUUAUUUUAUAGAAUCUUCUCUUGAGCUCUUUAGAUUACAUGACUUAAAUAAUGUUCUUUUUUGUAUGUUAUUAAAAGAAUUAACAACUGAUUAAUAAAAAA